AUGACCGAACCGCCGAGUGAACGGAAAACUGGCAAUUGGCAUCGGUAUUGGAGUGUGUACCUUGAAGGUUGGGCGGUCUUCAAGGAUCCGGAUGCCUGCCCCCGACAUAUUAUUUCCUACUGGACUCGGGACCAAAUAAAGGCCAUGGGCUUCUACACCAACUCUGAGGAGUGCCGAUCGCGCAGAAAAGUUGCCUGGCACUAUUUUAUAGUGACUCUGCUUAUAGUUAGCCUGGCUUCACUGUGCUUUGGAGUGAUCGAGUCGAUAGGCGACAUUGUUAAUCUGGGACGAGAUUUGGUCUUUAUAAUAACGAUCAUCUUUAUUUUCGGAAGGGUUGUAAUUUACAUUCAGCAUGCUGAUGAUUUCGAUGAGAUAAUCGAUACCCUCGAGGACAUUCAUCAUUGGACAAUUAGGAACGCAGGAAGCAGGGAAGUGCAACAUACCAAACGUUUACGCUUCUUGUUCUUUACGGUCGUGAUAGUGAUUUGGUUUUUUUGUCUCGUGCUGUUCAUGUUGAUAAAAAUAUCAACUCCUUUUUGGAUGGAAUCGCAGACACUGCCCUUCCACGUCGUUUGGCCCUUUCAACUUCACGAUCCAUCGAAACACCCAAUUUCCCAUCUUAUUAUCUUUGUGAGUCAGGUCUUUACUUUGUCAUAUUUUCUGGUUUGGCUUUGCGGAGUGGAAAACAUGACCAUAUCCGUAUACUUUGAGUUGACUUCUUGCUUAAGGACUCUCUGCAUCGAGUUGCGAAACCUCAAAAACAUUUGCCAUGGCGAUGAGAAUCUGCUAGAGAGGAAGCUUAUUCGACUUAUCCAGUUCCAUCAGGAAAUCAUUCUACUCAGUGAUCGUUGUAACAACAUUUUAAAUGGAGCAUUUAUCAUGCAAAUGUUGGUAAAUUUUUUUCUAGUCUCUUUGUCGCUUUUUGAGGUUUUGGCAGCCAGAAAAGAUCCUCAGGUUGCAGCCGAGUAUCUGACUAUUAUGAUAAUGACUUUGGGACACCUGUCCUACUGGUCCAAAUUCGGGGAUAUGUUUACCCAGGAAUCGGAGGAAGUGGCCUUAGCUGUCUACGAUGCAUUUGACCCAACUGUUGGUUCUAAGAAAAUCCAUCGAACCUUCAUCUUUUUCAUACAGAGAGCUCAAAUGCCACUGCUGAUGAGUGCAAAUCCCUUUCCGCCUUUUAGCAUGCCGAACUACAUGUUUAUACUGAAGCAGUGCUAUUCAAUUAUGACCAUCUUGGCUAACACAUUAGAGUAG